AUGGCCUCUCAGACAAAUGCAAAACUUGGACGUGCACUAAUGCUGUUGGGCGAUUUGAUUCAAUAUACAGUUCAAGAUUCGACCGAUGACAUCUAUCACUCAAGAGCAUUUUUCUUGCUGAAUUAUGAAGCAAUGAAGAAGGAUUUUAAGGUCUUUGUGUACCCAGGUGGAAACCCAGGAACAUGUUAUCACUCAACAAAUAACAAGCUCAAGAGCAAUCAUGCAAGUGAACAUUACUUCUUCAUGAAUCUAAGAGAUAGUCCGUUUUUGACUAAAAAUCCUCAAGAGGCUCAUCUCUUCUUUAUUCCCAUUUCUUGUCAGCCAUUGAGUGACGAGGAACCUGGUUAUAGGGAGAAGGUUAUCAAGAGAUACGUCAAGGGCUUAAUUUCCACAUACCCUUACUGGAAUAGGACUUUAGGUGCUGAUCACUUUUUUGUCAGUUGCCAUAAUAUUGGCAGCACGGCUACUAAAGAAAUUCCAUUUCUCCUGAAGAAUGCAAUUCGACUUGUGUGUUCACCAAGUUAUGAUUCCAACUAUAUUCCACAGAAGGAUGUUGCCCUCCCACAAAUACUGGAGCUCUCUCUACCUCCUGAUGGAGAUGACAUGUGGAACAGAAACCUGAUGCAACUUGCCAGGUCAACUGUGGAGUCUCGCCCUCUCCUGCUGUCCCAAGAGAUUAUAAACCCACCCAGGUAG